AUGCUUUCUCACGCCGACCUCCUGGAUGCUCGGCUCGGGAUGAAGGAUGCUGCAGAGUUACUCGGACACCGAGAAGCUCUCAAGUGCCGGCUGGGUGGUGGGGUGCCAGACCAGGGGCAUCCGGGAGACAUGGCCCCUGGUUCAGACUCUGUAGAAGGAACGACUCUCCUGCCGGGAGAAGACAUCGCCACUGUGGGAUCCAACUCUGCCGGCAUGCCGGUGAACGGGAAGGAGCAGGAGAAGCAGCAGCAGCAACCGCAGCAGAGCUCCGGUCAGACCUCCAGCCAGCAGAAACAGAAGCGGCACAGGACGCGCUUCACCCCGGCGCAGCUCAACGAGCUGGAGCGCAGUUUCGCCAAAACCCACUACCCUGACAUCUUCAUGAGGGAGGAACUCGCGCUGAGGAUCGGUCUCACCGAGUCCAGAGUUCAGGUCUGGUUUCAGAACAGACGCGCUAAGUGGAAGAAAAGGAAGAAGACCACCAAUGUUUUCCGCUCCCCGGGGACGCUGCUCCCGACACCGGGCCUGCCACAGUUCUCUGCCGCGGCCGCCAUGGAGAACAGCCUGUGCUCCUUCCACGCCAACGACUCUCGCUGGGCCACGGGGAUGCCGGGGGUGUCCCAGCUGCAGCUCCCGCCGGCCCUGGGUCGCCAGCCGGGAAUGCCACAGUCUCUGUCACAGUGCAGUCUGGGUCCAGGCCCGCCACCAAACUCCAUGGGUCUCUCCAACGGCCUGUCCUCCAACGGCUCCGGUCUGCAGUCCCACCUCUACCAGUCGCAUUUCCCUGGAAUGUCGGCCUCUCUCUCCGGCCCCACGAACGUAACGGGCUCCCCGCAGCUGUGUAGUUCCCCGGACAGUGACAUGUGGAGAGGGACAAGCAUCGCGUCACUGCGGCGCAAAGCGCUGGAGCACACAGUGUCCAUGAGUUUCACUUAGUGACUUUUCAAAUACACGCCACCACACCCCUCUCCUCCAAACUCCCUCUCCCAGCCCAGCCCUGCGGCUCUUUUUCUGUUUUUAUUCCCGCUAUUUAGAUCAAAACGUGAGAGCGAGCGAGCCAAUCAGGCCUGAAAAUGUGAGAAAAUGGAGACUGUAUGUGACUUCAUCUAGACAUAAUGACAAAAAGAAAAAGGACAACACUGAUGGACAAAUGGAAGAAAAAAAAUAAC